AUGGCGUCGGCGCUGUAUCGCUCGGGAGUGGCUGCUGUGCAGGCGACGUCCUACGAGACGGCGAUAGAACUCUUCACAGAGGCUCUCGCGCUCGCGCCCAAGACGGCCAAGCUGUACGAUGCGCGCGCCAGUGCCUUUGAGAGGGUCGGCAAGUUGCAGGACGGCUUGCUGGAUGCCCGCAUGGUCGUUAAACUGAUGCCUGAAUCGUCCCGAGGUUACCUGCGUGCUGCGAGGAUCUUGCGCAAGGCAGGGAAGCACGGCAACGCGGUUACGCUGCUAGAACAGGGUCUGAAGGCUGUCCCGGCUGAAGAUGCGAAGGGCAAGGCGGACCUUGAGGAAGAGCUCGCCGUCGUCGAUGAGGCGCGUAGGAAGGCCGAGCACUGCCCAUUUGCCUCGCUGCCGGUCGAAAUCUUCGUGGAGAUCCUCGCCCUUGCAAUCGAGCCUCCGCCUAUCUCGGUCUACACCAACACCGCCAGUCCUCGCAAGAAGGCAGUUCGUCCGAACAACCUGUACAACGCCAUGCGCGUCUGUCGGUCCUGGCGGCAGAUUAUCCUCUCGACGCCGCGCUUCUGGUCAACCCUCACUAUCGACGGCGAGAUCAACCUCAGCAACGCGCAAAAGAAAGUCGGGCGGAUUGUCGGUCGAGCAAAUCCUGCGGUCGACCGGAGAAGCGGCAGCUCGUCUCAAGGCCUCAAGCGGCUAGUCCUCACUGCCGCACAGAACUUCUCGACUGUCGCUUUCUCCGACAUACUGCAGCAAAUCGGCGCCGCCGGCGCAGCAUCGACCUUGCGCGAGGUCGUCUGUUCCUUCGUUGACGGGACUAUCACGACUGCCUCGGUUGAUGUCGAGGCGACACGGGCGACUCACUUGCUCGUCUUCCUUCAGAAGCAUGCGAAGAACUCGCUUGUCUCCCUGAGCAUCUGCUCUGGCGGACGGAUCUACCCCGACUUCGACCUCGGCAGCAUCUUCACCUCGUUCCCGAACCUCGCGACCUUGCACAUCUGGGGCGCGACGACGUCCAACUUCAUCCUCGGUCUGCGGGCACCCUUCCUCGAGAACGGCAUCCGGCCACCCUCCCUCACCGCCACCUCCCCCUUCUCCGUCGACCCGAGCCAGCAUGUAGCCGACUAUCCGCCCACAAACGCCCGCAACCUCAUCGUCUCAGGCGCGGUCUUCGUCUCCGACUCGGCUUGCAAGCUCUCGACCUUCCCGCACCUCGAGACGCUCGAACUCGACAUCAUCGGCGCUUCCAUCAUCUGGGACUUGCUCUCGGCGCCCAACCUUCGUCGUUGCCACGCAGUCGUGUAUGGCGAGACGCAUGUCACUGAGCUGCCGAUGCCAGAUAUUGCGCGGUCAUGGGCCAAAGUGGAGGACUUGCGAGUUGGCGGCGCGAAGCGCCUUGCGACUCGGUUACUCGACCAUGCCCGUUCGCUCGGCCCACUUCGCCUCGACCAUCUCGUCUCGCUCGACCUCUCUUUCGCUUCCCUCUCCAAUCGCCAUCUCUCCGAAUUGUUCGGCUCAACAAACGCGCCGGUGUUGGAAUACCUCAACCUGGCCAGCACGGCUGUCGCAUACCCGGAGACGUCUCUCUCCUUGCCCUCUCGGCUCGACAAGCUCAAGACGCUCAACCUCGCCCAUACGCUCUGGACGACAGACGAGACGAUCCGGUUGCUCAUCGCCGCCGCACCGCUGCUCGAGAAGCUCGACGUGCGAGGGAACGCCUUCAUCACCGGCCGGCCGCUCAUGGAGCUCGUCAAGUCUCGGAUGUCGACAGAGGGCAAAGCGGAGGAGCGGCAGUACUCGGCCAUCGUCGACCUGGCGCUCGAGGGAUGUACCAAGAUUGAGACGGCAGCAGUCGAAUGGCUCAGGAAGCACAUCAGGCCUGGCGGAGUGCGAUUCCAAUUCCUCGAUCCGAGCGAGCGGAGGAGUAGGCGCGACUGGUAA